AUUACAAAUGUGCUCUAUUCCGGGAUAUGAUGAGUACGAGAAGAGAAUUAGGUUAAAUAUGGCGCCGGAGAAGGAGGAGGAGAAUAAUAAUAAUUCUGCCGCCCCAAACAGGAGCCAUAGCGAGGCGGAGAGGAGGCGGAGGAAACGCAUCAACGGCCACCUCUCUACCCUCCGCUCCCUCCUUCCCAACAGUACCAUCAAACCGGACAAAGCAUCGCUGUUGGCGGAGGUGGUGCGGAGCAUAAGAGAGAUGAAAAGUGUGGCGGCGGAGAUGGCAGCUAACAAUGAGAUUAUGCCGUCAGAGACAGACGAGCUAAAGCUAUGUUAUUGCGGCGGCGGAAAUAGUUCGGUGAUAAAAGUGGCGUUAAGUUGCGAUGAGAGGAAAGGGUUGAUGGGGGAAUUGGCUGGGUCGGUGAGGGCGGUUGAAGGGAGAGUGGUUAGGGCUGAGAUGGCGACGGUUGGGGAGAGGACGAAGAACUUGUUGUGGGUGGAUAUGGGUGGUGGCGCCGCCGGCGGUGGGGAAGAGGGAAUGUCGGUGUUACGACGGGCGGUGAGAAUAGGAGUCGACAGGGCGGCGGCAGUGUGUCAGGUCUUGCCGGAUAAUAAACGGACCCGUCUUUCUCAAUACUAAGGAGAAGGACUAAUUAGGUCUUGU